AUGCGGUUCACGCUUUCCCCCUCAUCUCCCCUUUGUCUCCUCUUCCAUCCAUUCCCCCGUUCCCCGCCUCCCUCUUCUCCCCGCUUCCCCCUUCCUUCCCCUCUCCCCCCUUCCUUCCCCUCUCUCCGCCCAUCCCCCCGCCUUUUCCCCCGCUCCGCGCAGCGGCUGCGCUGCGAGGUGUUCAUGUCGCAGCCGCGCGGGCGCGAUCAGCUGCUGGGCGCCGCGAACGUGUCGUUGGAGGAGAUUAUAUCGCGUACAGCCAAGCUCUCCAAGAAACCCGCGGAGUUUAAGUUCGUACCAGCUCAAACCCGUCUCUCCUCUCGUUCUCUCCCCGUGACGCUCUCGUCUUCUCCGCUUCCCCCCGCCAGACUGCUGAGCAACAGCAGCGCUCCCGCGGGUGCGCUCGUGCUCACGCUCACCUACCACGGCCGCUCCGCCUCUUCCUCUCGCCCCGCCGCGCAGCCCGCCGCGCAGCCCUCCGCGCAAUUCGGUGCGCAGUCCGCCGCGCAGUCCGACGGACAAGCCGGCGCGGUGGCCGCGGCAGCGGCGGCGGCUGCCGGGGCGUUCUCGCGGUUUGCAUUUCCGCCUUCCCCGCAAGAUUCCGCCUCCGCCGCCGCUGCCGCGAUCGCGCUGCUCCCCGCAAAGAGAACGCCCCCCCCGCUCCUCGCGUCGUUCGCGAUGGUUGCGCCCCCACCCAAUUCUGGAUCCCACCCCGCGUCUAGCGCAGUAGACGCGAUAGCAGCCGCGCUAUUCCCGCGGGCGCACAUCCAAGCGCAGUCUCAGGCGCAGGCUCAGGCGCAGGUUCAGGCGCAGGCGCAAGCGCAGGCGCAAAUGCACCCGCAGAUGCUGACAUCACCCCAGCUGACUCCGCCCAUGUUCCCCCCCGCGUCUUCCCCGUUUCCGCCUCCCCCUUCCCCGCCUGGCGCUAUUGCGCAGGCGGCAGGGGCUUCUGCGCCGCCCCCUUCGUUUUUUAAUCCUUCGCCCUCGUUAGUAUCACAUCCCUCGCCUUCGUUAGUAUCACAUCCUGCCCCCUCGUUACUGUCACAUCCUUCCGCCCCAGCGGCACCGUUACUUUUCAACCACCUGGCCUCGUCCGCUGCUGCGCCGUCAUCGCAGCGCUGGGGCGCAAUAGAAGGCGCGUCGCAGCUAGAAUCAAGGCGGGUAGUAACGGGGACGGAGGUGGAAAAUCGCGCAGUCGGGGACUUUACCAGCGCGAACGGGGCCGGGCAAGGCGCGCUGCGUGGUAUACCUUCCGCGGAGUUCAGUUUGGGGGGGGCGCGGAUCGGCGGAGCGGGAGUAGGCGGCGCAGGAGCAGGGGGGGCGGGGGGAACGGCGGGGGUAGCGGGGGCGGCAGCGGAGCUGAUGACGAUGGCACAAAACGACAGCACGCACAGGUCGUAUCUGGCCAGGCAGUUACUGGACUCGAGCGCUGCAAUGCAGGGCGGCGCGAGUAUGGGGCCGCUAGAUUUGGGUCCAUCCAACGGUGGAGAUGCAAGCAUGGGGGCGGUAGAUCUGCCGGGUGCUAGUUUGGGGGCUGUGGCCGCAGGAUCCGCGGAGCCCGUAAAGGCGGAGCAAGCAGGCGGAGUUCUGGGGGAAUUGGGUGGGGGAAGGAUGGGGGGAACGGGUAAGACAUCCCCGCCCCCCUGCUUGGAUCUCUCCGCGGGUCUGGGCAGAGCAGGGGGAGCGGAAGGGGGCAUUGGGGGGAGAAGGAAGAGCUUGAGGCGGGAACGGGAGUGGUUGCUGCUGAAAAGCCCGCUUCGUUGCUCCCGUCCCUCCCCUCCUUCUCCUGUCGCUCCCGCAGCACUGCUGCCUGCCCUGCGGCUGCUGCAGCCAGGCUUGGGCCAAGCCGGCAUCCGAGCCUCCUCGAAGCCUUCCUCCCGCUCGAUCCUGCCUUCCCCGUUUGCCGCCAGUGAUGCUGCUACCAACACCUCUGCUAGUGCAGCAAUGGGUGGUGGUGGUGGUGGUGCUGGUGCUGGUGGUGCUGGUGCUGGUGCUGGUGCUGGUGUUGGUGCUGGGUUAGGGGCGGCUUUUGAGUCGAUUCAAAAGUCACCUCGGGGUGCCGGUGCUGGUUCAGGGGCGGGUGUAGGGGCGGAGCAGGGCACGAGGAAGGGGAGUUUCCUACCCCACCUGAUGCUGGCACUGGAGAAUUCUAAAAAGGCGAAGCAGGGCACAGGGGUAGGUGCGCUCAGCAGUGCCCUCAGUGCUACAGCCGGUGCUACAGCCGGUGCAACAGCCAGUGCCGUGGCCGGUUUUACAGCUACUGCUACAGCGAGUGCUACAGGUGGGGCGUCUAGUGCUGUCUGUGGUCCAAGGCAGGCUGGCAGCAGUGGCACACCGGGUAUUGCUGACAUGCCAGGUAUAGCUGGCCCCAAUCCAGGGCUAGGCGCAGCCAUUGCUGCUGCUGCCGCCGCUGCUGCAGCUGCGGCUUCUGCUGCUGGUGCUGCUGGGUCUAGUGGCGAGCAUGCCACAGAGGACGUGCGCAUGGCUGAAGCUGCCGGUUCUUCUCACAUGCCUUCCCUUCACCGUGCACAUCUGACACAUCAACCCCCCUCUCUGUCCGCUGCAGAGGCUGCUGCUGCUGGGAAGAACCGUCCAAAUCUAGCCACCCAGCAGCAGCACCAGCAGCAGCAGCAGCAGCAGCAGCAGCAGCAGCAGCAGCAGGAGAGGGCACAGACGGAGGAAGGAAACGGGCAGGUCUCACCAAAGCCUCCUGCCUGGCAGCGCAGCUUUGCUGCAGCAUUUGCAGCAGCCAGUGUGACCCCCUCAGCUCAUGCCGAUGCCUCCCCUCCUAUUCCCUCUGCCCCCGCUCCUUCCGCUCCUGCUUCUGCUCCCCCUCCCAAUCCUGCUCCGCCUGCUCCUCGCCCUUCUGCUCUCUCUCCUCCCACUGCCCCCAGCGCGUUUGCCGCCACCUCUCCCUCUCCCUCUCCUCCCUCUCUUUCCUCUCCUCCCUCACCACCCUCCAUCCCCUCCUCUUCUCCUGCUUCCUCCUCCAACCCCUCCUCCACCACCUGCCCCCUCACGGCCCUCCAAGGCUCGCUGCCGAACCUCCCGCUGCCUGGCCUACCGCUGCCGAGCCUGCUGUCGUGGCAUCGCAAGGUGGAGGGGGAGGAGGCGGCGCUGCUGAGAGAGCAGGCAGCCGCCAUCUGGCAGGUCUCUAAGGCGCUCAUGGGUGCAGGCACGGGCACAGCAGCAGCAGGCACGGCCACAGCUACAUCAGCUGCUGCAAAUCAUUCGACUAGUGGCUGUGUGCAAGCAGAACAGCUACACAAACAAACGGCAUGCUCGGCACACCAGCAUGGGGCGAGCGGCGGUGCGUUGGCGAGCUUUGAAGCAUCUCAAAACGCGCAUCAAAGGGGAAACGUGCAUCAAAGAGGGGGAGCUGGCAGUGUGGUGGGGGCACACCAGCAGGCUGCUAAUGGCAGUGCGAUCCCAGCCCAAUCACAUGGGUUGGCACAGCAGCAAACGACAAGUACGGCGGGUGCAGCACCAGCACUGCCACCAGAUGGCUGUGAGAUGUCAGCGCAACAGCAUGCAGCGGCGGUGUGGCAAGCGAGCAUGGGGAAGAGCAGGGAGGAGGCGGAGGCGCUCUGUGAGCAGGCUGUGCGGGCCGGCACUCUCACUCACGACCAGGCGGCUGAGUUCUGUGGACUGCUGUCCAAGGAGAGCCUGCGGAGCUUGCGAGAGGUGAGCACAGAAGGUCUCUCUUACGAUGAGGAUACGUUUCGGGGCUGCUCAAUAGAGGACCUGGAGGAGAGUCGCAGGCCGGCGUGGCGGGAAUUCUGGGAGAAGCUAGAGGCGGACAAGAGGAGAGGGAGGGCAGCUGCUGCUCUCAACUCACAGUCUCUCUUGGCGAUGGAGGACAAGUUUCGAGGGUGCUCGAUAGAGGACUUGGAGGAGAGCCGCCGGCAGGCGUGGCGGGAGUUUUGGGAGAAGCUAGAGGCGGGCAGACGGCGAGGAGGGGCGGCAGCUGCUGCUGCGGGCGGGCCGAAUGGGGCUGUGGGAGCUGGGGCUGGAAGCGGUGGAGAGGAGGAGAGGAGGAGGGGGGAUGACUGCUGCCUGGGAUGCACAGGGCGGGCCGAAUGGGAUGCACAGGGCGGGCCGAAUGGGGCUGUGGGGGCUACGGCAAUGGCUGCUUGUGCAUAUUCUACGGCUGCCGCACAUUUUUCUGAGGUGCCAUGGCAUGUGAAGGAAGGAAUCGGUUUGCUGGUGAAGGAAUUGGAGUUGAAAACGCUCUUUGGGUUUCAGGAGAAACUGGAGGCGGACAGGAGAGGAGGGGCGGCUGCUGCUGCUCAUGACGCACAGGGCAGGGCGAAUCGGGCAGUGGGAACUGCGACUGGGAGUAGUCCCGGCAAUGGCUCGGCGAGGAGGGUGGGGGUGCUGCUCGUGACGCACAGGUCGGGCCAAAAGGGGUUGUGGGAGCCAGGGGUGGAGGCGGUGCGGGCUUUGGCUUGUGCGUUUUUUUACGGCUGCCUCUCGUUUUUCUAA